AUGGAUGCUGAAAAGAUCAAGAAGAAGCUGAACGGCUCGAUCCUGAAGGGCAAGAAGUUCAAGAUCGAGGCCGCCCGGCCGCACAAGCGACAAAGAAACGAAGAUGACGACACGGCCGUGGCGAAUCUACCUGGCUACGAGCUCCCGUCCGAUCGCAAAGUCAAGCGAGGCUGGACCGAACCGUCCAAUACCAAGAAGGACCGACGCAGAUCCGACAAGAAGCACAGCAAGAGCGACAAAAAAGAAAAACCCCAAGCCAAGUCCAAGUAUACCGAGAAGGCUGAAUGCUUGUUCCGAACCACCGUCCCACCCAACCGGUCCUCUGAUGUCACUUCCGACGACAAGAAGGCCAAGAAAAAGAAGAAGUCGGAGUCGGAGUCCGUCAUCCACGAAUUUGCCAAAACGAUGACCCAUCCCAGCUUCCUGCGCACCAGUGGUGAAGACAGCGCACCCACAACGGAGUUUGAAGAAGGAAAGGGGUGGGUGGACGCUGGCGGGAACGUGAAGGAAACCGCCAGCAGCAAAGUUCGCAAGGAUAACUACCGUCCCGGCCAGGUCGCCGGGGCCAAAGAAAAGCGACCAGCCAUUAAAAACUCGGCGCGGGAGGAGGAUACCCGAAAAUCAUCCAGCGAGCCGGAAGAUUGGACGUCCAGCAGUGGAUCGUCGUCUGAUGAGAGCUCAGACUCAGAAAGCGAGGCCAUCAGCUCUUCAGAUGAGUUGUCCGAGCCAUCCGGGGAAAAGGAGACCUCCACCCUUCACAAGCCCGUGAAAGAGACUUCAAAGCCUGCGAAUGACCCGGCAACUACAUUUGAGGAUCCAGCUUCUGCCUCGAGCUCAGAUUCUGAUUUAACUUCCAGUUCCGACUCUGAUUCUCGAGCCGAAUCGGACGAGGACGAGGCAAAGGGCAAGCAAAAUGCGCCCGUCCAAGAUGCCAACGAGCCACUUCCCAAAGAGGUUCAUCCCCUGGAGGCCCUUUUCAAGCGAUCUGCCCCGGAAGCUGCGGAGGCAUCGCUGACAGUGGACACCACGGCUGGGUUCAGCUUCUUCGGUAAUGAUAUUGAGUCUGAGGAAGAAAGCCCGGCCGCCGAGCCCCAAACUCCCUUCACGCCAUUUACCAAAAAGGAUCUCCAAUCUCGGGGCCUACGGAGUGCUGCGCCUACGCCCGAUACUGCUCUGGCGAGCCGACACCGGAACUGGGUAGACCCCGAUGAGAUGGAUGAGGAUGAGGAGGAAGAAAUAUCUAUUGAUACCCCUGUUUCGAAGCCCCGAGAGAAGGACAUCCCUAAGGAGGAGACUGAGUUUGCGAAGUGGUUCUGGGAACACCGUGGAGAGAACAACCGCGCCUGGAAGAAGAGGCGGCGUGACGCGGCGAAGGAGCAGCGACAGCGAGAUAAUCGGAAGAAGGGUAUGAAGGGCAAGUCGUGA